GGAGGUUGUAAAACGAACUCAACUUCGUCGACGACUCGUGCGCGGUGAAGUGAAGACAAUCUCGAAAAUAGCGCAAGUGAAGUCAUUGUAUGCGCCAUUAUCAGGCUUGGUCAAUAUCUUUUAGAAUGAUGAUGGAAGGCUCGAAGACUACUCGAAAGUCAUGCGACUUCUGCUAUCGACGCAAGAUGAGGUGCGAUGGGCAGAAGCCUCACUGCUCACAUUGUACCGCAUAUGAAGUUGAAUGUACCUACUCGGCGCCCAGCCGCAAGUCUGUACCCAGAAAUCGACGAAACUACUCAAGCUCCGACAAUGGGAUUGACAACACACAAAACCGUUUGAAAAGGCUAGAAGAUCUUGUAAAACAGGUAACUGAGCGUUUACAAGCCGCUGAAAGGGGAAAACAAGCUCGGAAUCCCAACCAGCGAGAGUAUGUCCCAGAGACUAUACCGUCGAUGAGCUCUGUCAGGGAAUGCGAGAACAGUGCUUCAAAGUCGAUGACUCUUCCCCCUCUACAGCAGGUCCUGCCAAUUGUGCAAAUCUACCUCGACGGGUUUAACUCAGUAUUACCACUCUUUCAUGCUGAGACUCUGCUGCAGUUAGUCCAUGAUUGGUAUUGUGUUAAGACCGUACAACAAGACCCCGUAGCAUGGGCUGCCAUAAAUGUUGUGCUUGCCCUCGCACAAAGGCACAACACUGGGGCUGAUCACGAAGGCCCGUCUUCAGCUACGUAUCUUAAUAGGGUAGAAUCUGUUCUACCAAUGGUGGUGUUGGGCGAUAUUCAGCUCCUCAAUGUUCAGGUUUUAGUAGGUAUGGUAACACUGCUCCAAAACUCGCAAGAUCUUCAGCCUGCGCUCAUCCUACUCGCCACAACGAUGCGUCUGGCCCAUGCAAUUGGCUUGCAUGAUCGUAUUUACUCGGCGGACUUGGAUACAAAUCAUGAAAGACAGCGCGCAUAUGUGUUCUGGCUGGCAUAUAUCCUCGUCAAAGACCUUAGCAUGCGCUCAAAACAGCCGUCGAUCCAAAAUGAUGACGAUAUCAACCUUGACUUACCCUUACCAACAAUAAUGGACUACCACGAAGAUAGGGGUAAGAUCAGCAUCAUCGGCAGCGGUGGGGGUGUUAUUUCCACAAUGGAUGGAUCUCUCAAAAUGAACUACUUUACGGCUCGCAUUCAAUUAGCUGCUAUUGAAGGUGGUGUAUAUGAUUAUAUUUUCUCGACACGCGCACGGAAACGCAGUCCAGCAGAGCGUUCCCAUGCUUUAAAGAGUGUAGCUGACGCACUUGAGCGAUGGAAAGCGUCUAUUCCAUCUGUAUUCAAAACUUCUGCGGGCUUAAAAAUGAUAUCAUAUCAUGUGUUACGCUUUCUUGGAGCCUUGCAUUCGACGAGUCUGGCUUGCGCAACUCUUAUCAAUCAAGCCCACGCUUGGGACGAUGAAUGGGUCGGAAGCAUACGCAGAUAUAGUAGAUUGGGCGUUGGGCUACUUCUACCACCAAAGUGGGAGGCACUGGUGAACGAAGCAAGAUAUUUGCUGGUCUUGUCUGAGGAAAUAGGGACAAAAAAUCGCCAGAACUGGUGGGCAAUGGGGUGUCCGUAAAUGUCGGCUAUGGUGAUUUUGACAGCUAAUACCAUGCAUAACCCGAAACACGACAAACGGACCUUGGAUGGCCAACUCGUUGAAGCUGGUCUACGAACAGUGGAUAAAAUAGCAGAAGAAACCGAUGCUGAAAACUUACGCUCAUUUCGGGAUACUUGCACCGAGUUGCAUCAGCACACAAUGAGGAUGGGUUAAAACAGCAACCGUGGCCGGCAAUGUUGCUUAUUCUUCGUGUUUUACAAAUGCAAAAGCAUCGAUUUGAAGGAAUUAGAAUUUCUAAAUUAAGUACGCAAGGACAAUUUGCAGAAAUUUAGAUUAAUGAAAUAAGGAAGGUACUUGAGAUGAUAUCAGA